AUGAUCAGCAGACUACUUCUAAGCCUAGUGAUAAUGCAAAGUAUUCUUGCAAGAAUCGAUAUGGAAGACAUAAAGACAGUACAUGAGACUUUAGUUGGCGAGAAGCAGGAUGUGGUUAUUAACCCAAGAGGCCCAUUGAAUCUGCUGCGUGGAUAUAUUGGAAACCGAAGCGGACACAUGUACAACAAGCGGUUUUAUUCCCCUGAAAUAGACACAGAUUAUGCGUUGUCUAAGAAAGGACUAUCCAAUAGAAAUGAACAAGAGUACAACUUUAAAAGAAAGCCAGUGAAUGAUAGAGUACACAAAGACAUGGAUACAAAAACCUCAGAAGGCAAGUAUCUUAGCAUGUAUCACGCCCAGCUGAUAAAGAUGUUUCCGUCUGCAGAUGGAGACCUCUCCAUUGAGGCAGGAAGGUCAAAUGCACUUACAAACUUCCUAAGAGCAGAUCACGUUAAGAAAGACACAAAGUAUAUUCUUGCAGCACUUCUUCUUCUUUCAGAGGGCGUUGAUAUUAAAAUAAAUAUAGACUACAAAGGAAAGAAAAAUAAUCUUGUCAUAAAAAGUAAGACAUGCAAAGAGAAAGAGUUUGUAAAUGUAGUAAUGCAUACUGCAGGUAUAGACCCAGUUACUAAUGAGCACAGUGAAAACAUCUACCAAAGUGAGGCAGCUGGAGUUGUCAAGUUCUAUAUGCAGUGCAAAGACAAUCCACUGCUAAAGAAAGGAGGUGAGUUUGCAAUGCCUGCCACAAGAGAACAAUUUGAAAGUGGAAAGUUUCUGAAUAACGCAGCCUUCCUUAUACAGACAUAUAUAUACGAGUUUAUUGACACAGCAGAAGACUACAAGAACUUUGUAGAAGCAGCGCAUGAACUACUGGUUGACCAAGUAACUGAAAAGGAGAACCCCGAGCAGACUAAGAAGAAGGGUAAAAAGGGCAGAAUAUUUGAUGAGCUUUUCAUAGCGAAAGAUGCAUUUGAUGAAAACAAAAAAUAUAUUGAAUCGUUCUGUGAUCUUAUACAGGCUAAAAAUGGAAGUACUAAUUUUCCCUUUCUUGAUUCCAGUCAGCUGCCGAAGUAUACUAGAGUGCCGCGUUGUAAACUAGACAAGUCUGGCUUUGAGAAGGACCAAGCCUUAUACUAUAGCAACUGUGUAGAGACAGCUCUGCUUGGACUGUUCUGCUGCCUGGCAUACAACCAAAAGACAGGAAAGUACGAAACUAGCCAUAUGGGAGAGGGAGUAAGCGAUGAGUUGAGAGACUUCUUUGGAGACUAUCCUAAGCCAACAGAAACCACUGACUUUGAAAUGCACAAGAAAUGGAGCAGUGUUGUUGCUUGCUUAAAGGAUGAAAAGAUUAAAUAUUUGCAGAGUAGAAAUGAACUUUUCCCUGGGGUUGGAAAUAUAUUUCUGGUAAUUGCAGAAAUAACAGGGCAGAAAGCAGAUAUAUUAGAGCUAGUUGAAUGUAUAGAGAAUGCAUGCAGAACAGGAAAAUUAGAUAAUAAGCAAAAGGAAUACAUAUCAAAUAAGAUAGAAUCGAUUAUUAAGGCUUUGUCAAAGAAUAAGAAUGUGAGAGUAGUGUGCAAAAAAAUGAGACUUGAAAUGAGGUCAGAUGAUAAGGCAGAUAUUUUAGCUGAGAUUAACAUUAUUUAUACUUUUGGUAAAGCAUAUAAUGGAAUUUCUUUGGAUAUAAUACAAGGACAUGCAAAUCUUGCUCUUCUUCCAUCUUCAAAUACUAGCUCUACAUAUGUUAAAGAAAGGUAUGAAGAAGUAAAAAAUAUUUACAGCGGUAUAAACUGCUAUAUAGGAUACAUUGCGGAUCAGUACGUUAGUGCAGAGUUAGAUGCUUUAAGUUUUAAUGAUUAUAAUCUCCGUGAAAGACUUAAGAAAAAAGUAGCUCCAAUUAUGGAUGAAGGACCCGAAGGAAUAUCUAAAAUAUUCUUAUUAGGAAGGCUUGUUUGCGAAGAGGUUAAAAGCACUAUUAUAAUGAGAUUUAUAUUUUGUACCGUAGAUAAGGAAGUGGGCCCAACAAACCCUCUAGCACGGUUUACUGCAAACCUUUUAGGAAGUGUUCCGCUCAAUGAUUAUGCAUCAAGACAGCCAAUGAUGAUGUUCUUCCCAUUUCACGCAAGCUGGCAGAAAUUUUAUCCAAGGCUUGGAUUUAAGCCAUCAGAGCCUAUUCCAAAAAAAGAUCGUAUUUGGACUUGUCUAACAGAACGAAAAGAAUGGGUAUGCAAUACUAUACUAAGGCCUCUUUCAGCGCCUGCUACAUUAAAAGCCAUAUGCAAUUAUCUUAGAGCAAUUGUGAAUGACCCAAGGAUGAUCGAUUUAAGUGUACAAUUAAUAACCCGAGCGACUCUAAUUUAUCGUAUUAUGUAUAGUGGGGGGAUAGAGGACUUGGUGGAAAUUCAAUCCAAUAUCAAAGAAUAUAUGAAAGACCACAACUUAAACUAUGUGUAUAUUAUCUGGUUUAUGUACGUAUGCUCAGGUCAUUAUAAAUUCUCAUUAGAAUCUGCUAAGACAGUUUACGACUUUAUAGUCUUUGAUGAUUAUCCAAACCCACUUGAGUUUAAAGAAGCAAUGUCAGGACCCUCGGAAUACUUUAAAAAAUCUGUAAUCCUUUUAGAUGAAAAUAAAGCACUUUUCUGCUCGGAGGAUGACAGAAAAAGUAUGGAAAAGUACGAUGCUGUGUUAGAAUACUACUUGGGAUCCCGUUGGUCGCACAAGAAACGUAAAUCCUCAUGCUGCACUAUAAGUUGA